AAAAUUUUUAAUAUUAUAACCAGAUUUUCUGGAUAUCAAGGUAGGCUCUACUCAAACCGCACCCAUUUAUAUUUAUAUGUUUUCCAAAUCAACUGCUUGCCUUUCUCUCCCUCAAUGAUUUCCUCUGUUACAGCACGCCAUUAAAACCAUCUCGUUUCACAAAUUUAGAAGUAAUAUCAACUCCCUCUCUCUCACGGAGACACACAUAUAUUAUGGACAACCCUGAUAACCGGCGGCACUUCCUCCUCUUCCCUUGGCUGGCCUUUGGCCACAUACUCCCCUUCUUCCACCUCGCGAAACGGCUGGCGGAUGCCAAAAUCUCGGUCACCUUCCUGGCCCCUGCCUCCGUCCUUCCCCGCCUCCCUUCACUCCACCUCCCUCACCACCUUUCCCUCAUCUCUUUCCAUCCUUUCUCUCUCCCUCACGUUCCCGACCUCCCCCCUGAAGCUGCCACCACCUCCGACCUCCCUCCCCACCUCCAAUCCCUCCUGAAAUCCUCUCUAGACCUCCUCCAACCCCUCCUCCAUUCUAUCCUCUCCAAACUCCCCCUUAACUUAGUCAUCCAAGACUUUGCUCCAUAUUGGCUCCCCAAAAUAGCUGCCAAAUUCGGUGUCCCAACCGCCUACUUCAGCAUAUUCAAUGCAGCCUCAGUGGCGUACUUCAUGGUGCCCUCUCGAAGGGUCCCGGAGACCCCUCCUCCUAGUGCUUCUGAUCUAUCGUCACCACCGUUUGGCUUUCCUUCCUCUUCUCUCUAUGUGCAGCGCUAUGAAGCUGAGCAGCUCCUAUGGAUCUACACUUACCCCGAGCCAGAUAUCUCUGGCAUUGAUCGCCUCUUACGAACAAUCUCCAAUUCCAACAUGGUAAUCGUUCGCUCCUGCUACGAGCUCGAAGGGAAAUACUUUGAGUAUCUUGAAAAAGAGUUUCAAAGUCAUGCUAACCGUGAAAGUUCUGAUCGUUUUUAUAAGAAUAUUGGAAAUUUGAAUUUCUUGCCUGUUGGGUUCCUUUCCCCUAGGCUAGGGGAUGAGGCCCCAAGGGAUAAUAGCACUGGUAUCGAUGGUGGAAGUAGUGUCGAGAAAUCAUGGACUGAGUGUCUUGAUUGGCUUGAUAAGCAGCCUUUCAAGUCAGUGGUCUAUGUGGCAUUUGGGACCGAAUGGACGCUCACUCCUUCGCAAACUCGUGCAGUCGCACUGGGCCUCGAGUCAUCAGGCGCCCGCUUCCUCUGGAUCAAGAGGACCCCGCGCUAUGCUCCCUCAGAGGCUUCUGAUGGUUUGCCUGAGGGGUUCGUAGACCGGGUUCACAGGCAGGGACUCGUGUUCAAGGAGUGGGUGCCCCAAUCCAUGAUCUUGGCUCACCCUUCAGUCGGUGUCUUCUUCUCUCACAGCGGGACUAGCUCAGUGAUAGAGGGGUUGGCUACGGGGAAGCGUCUCGUGCUAUUGCCUUUGGUAUUCGACCAAGGGCUCAUAGCGAGGCUUGUGGCUAACGAGUGGAAGGCUGCUAUAGAGAUCGAGGGCCGGAGUUUAGAGGAUGGGAACUUCACGAGCGAGUUGAUAAACCGAGCGAUAGUGAGGGUCGUCAUGGAAGCAGAGGACACUGAGACAUGGAUCAAUGCUAAGGACCUUCAGGCCCGAGUGUUCGGAAACAUGGAACUCCAAGACAAAUACAUCAAACUCUUUGUUGAUCAUGUGGAUACAUUGGUAUGUUGUAAGAAAGAGUGAAAAAAAACCCAAGGGACAUUAUCCAGGAGUCUUCUUGGACCAUGGACAUUAAUCAUUUUUAUUCCAGUUUUUUCUCUUAGAUUGAAUCUUUUGAAUAGGCUCUGAUUGAAAGCUUCAUGCCCAAAACUAGAGAGAGGAAAAAAAAAAAAAGGUCAAUGCACAGUAUGACAUAAAACCGGGUUUAAAAACUCGGUGAUUCUUACACGGACUAGACAACUUUGCCGGUUCCAAAUGAGCCAGACUCAAAUGAUUGGAGUAUCG